GCAAAAUGAGACCUUCCACUAAUCAAAUUGAGUUUGGGACAUUUUUCGUUGCCGACCAACGACCAGGGGCUGUCCGAGCUUCACUAGAUGAUUCAGCGACGCUACGAUGACACAGACUAAGCGGUCGAUCAGCACUUCGUCGUCAUUCUAUGAAUUUCGCCAAAGUUCGCAACUUUUCUUCGCUCGUCAAGCCAAGUUUGAUUUGCCGUCCGUCUUUUACUCCCACCAUCACUCUCUCAAUCCUAGAGACCCACUUGGGACGAUGCCACAACCUUAAGCAAUUCAACCAAAUCCUAUCUCAGAUGAUCCUCACCGGGUACGUCAGAGACACUUACGCAGCUAGUAAGCUCCUCAAGUUCUCCACUGACUCUCACUUUGUCCACGUUAGUUACUCCUUUUGUGUCUUUAAUUAUGUCGAGAACCCAAAUGGGUUUUCGUGGAACACGAUGAUGAGGGCUUUUGUGCAGAAUGAUAGCCCUCAAAAUGCUGUUUUCCUGUACAAGUUGAUGUUGAAUCACAAUGUGGGUCCUGAUAAUUACACGUAUCCCAUUUUAGUUCAGGCUUGUAGUUUGCGGUUAUCAGAAUUUGCGGGGAAACAAGUGCAUGAUCAUGUUCUGAAACUGGGUUUUGAUUCGGAUGUUUAUGUCCGGAACACGUUGAUCAACUUGUACUCGGUGCACGAGAACAUGGAAGAUGCACGGAAGCUGUUUGAUGAAAGUAUCGUUCUGGACACUGUCUCAUGGAACUCGAUUUUGGCUGGUUAUGUUCAGUUGGGUAAUGUAGACGAGGCGAAACUGAUUUUUGAUCAGAUGCCUAAAAGAAAUGUGAUUGCUUCAAAUUCGAUGAUUGUUUUAUUUGGAAAGACAGGACGUGUGGUGGAUGCGUAUGAGCUAUUCAUUCAAAUGGAGGAAAAGGAUAUGGUGUCAUGGAGUGCAUUGAUUUCUUGUUAUGAACAGAAUGGGAUGUAUGGCAAGGCUUUGGUUAUGUUUAAAGAAAUGGCUGGUGGCGGUGUCAGAGUGGACGAGGUUGUCGUGAUUAGCAUUCUUUCGGCAUGUGCACAUUUGUCUGUUGGUGAGACGGGGAAGUUGAUACAUGGUUUGGCGGGAAAACUUGGGCUUGAAUCUUAUGUUAACCUUCAAAAUGCAUUGAUUCACAUGUAUUCAAUAUGUGAUGAGAUACUGGUUGCAGAAAGACUGUUCAGAGCUGGAUACCCUCAUCUGGAUUUGAUUUCCUGGAACUCCAUGAUAUCAGGGUAUUUGAGAAAUGGAUUGGUGGAAUAUGCCAAGGCACUAUUUGAUUCAAUGCCAGAGAAGGACAUGGUAUCUUGGGGUGCGAUGAUAUCCGGGUAUGCUCAACAUGACCGUUUCUCAGAUACUUUGGAGCUGUUUCAAGAGAUGCAGCUCACAGGAAUACAGCCCGAUGAAACCAUUUUGGUGAGCAUCAUCUCAGCUUGUACUCACUUGGCUGCCCUUGAUCAAGGAAAAUGGGUUCAUGCGUACAUUAGGAAGAAUUGCCUCAAGGUUAAUGUUAUUCUGGGUACGACCCUGAUAGACAUGUACAUGAAGUGUGGUUGUGUUGAAAAUGCAUUGGAUGUUUUUCACUUAAUGGAGGACAAAAGUGUCUCCACGUGGAAUGCUAUGAUUCUUGGGUUGGCAAUGAAUGGCUUGGUGGGGAGGUCACUAAACAUCUUUCUAGAGAUGAAGAAUUGUGGAGUAACACCUAAUGACAUUACCUUUAUUGGAGUUCUUGGAGCAUGUAGACAUAUGGGCUUAGUAGACGAGGGAUGCUUUCACUUUGAUUCCAUGGUACAAGAAUACAAGAUAGAUCCAAAUGUCAAGCACUACGGGUGCAUGGUGGACCUAUUAGGACGUGCUGGUAAGCUUAAAGAAGCAGAGGAGCUUAUUGGGAGCAUGCCGAUGGCACCAGAUAUUUCCACUUGGGGAGCCCUUCUCGGAGCUUGUAGAAAGCACGGUGACAUUGAAAGGGGGGAGAGGGUAGGAAGAAAGCUUGUUGAGCUUCAGCCAGACCAUGAUGGUUUCCACGUGUUAUUGUCAAACCUGUAUGCUUCAAAAGGGAAUUGGCAGAAUGUGCUUGAGAUCAGAGGAAUUAUGGAGCAGCAUGGAGUGAUGAAAACACCAGGUUGUAGCAUGAUCGAAGCAAACGGAGUGAUCCAUGAAUUCCUGGCUGGUGAUAAGACGCAUCCUCAACGAGAAGAUAUUGAGAACAAGCUGGAUGAAAUAACUAAGAAGUUAAAGAUGGAAGGUUAUGUGCCAGAUAUGAAUGAGGUUUUUCUUGAAAUUGACGAGGAGGAAAAGGAAACAACUUUGUUGAGACACAGUGAGAAGCUUGCUAUUGCGUUUGGGCUUCUCAAUAUUCCUCCAGCAAUGCCAAUUAGAAUAAUAAAGAACUUACGAAUAUGUAACGACUGUCACACAGUUGCUAAGUUCACCUCUAAAGCUUACAACCGUGACAUUAUCAUGAGAGAUAGACAUCGAUUCCAUCACUUCAAGCAAGGAAAUUGUUCUUGCAUGGACUUUUGGUAGAAAACAAUCUGAACUAAAGAUCAAAAUCACCAUAGUUGCCUCACUGGAGAGAUCCUCACAUUUGAACUUUUCACACUUUAAGCUCUUGAGAAGCACUUCCUUCCGCCGAAUGCCUCAGCAAGCCCUGAAACGAAAAAUCCAGUAUGGAUGAAGGAAAGGCCUAUGAUUAUUCGAGACCCCCCCCAAAAAAAAAAAAAAAGUACAAGAUCCGAGUCUUGAUCAGAUUUAAUUGACAAAUUGCUGCCUCAGUUGUCCGUGCUACCUUGAAAUUGGAUGCAGUUUCAUGAAUUGCAGCCUAAGCAAGUGGUGGAGCAUCCUCUGUACAUGGAGCAAUCCUCUGAGCAGAUUCCUGUGUCUUAUUUUAGCUGAUUGGAUUUUAUGCCUUCACGUUGCAGAAGACAGAGACUUGUUAUAAGUCUUAAGUGAAAGUUGCUUGGGUUGCUUGUGGAGUGCAUGUCUGAAGGGCCAGUAUCUGUUGUAGAGAUAAAGAAGCUCUUUCUACCGGUGAGUGGGCUACAAUUUCUGCAGAGAAGAAGAAGUCUGAGACUAUUUGCCUGAGGAUAUGCACAACUGGAAAUUGUUAUGAUCUCGAGUUUUUCUCUGAGGCUGUUAAGAUAUAGUCCUUCUGGCUGUUAAUAUAGCUGAAAUUGCUCUA